AUGUCUUGCUACGACCUGUGCUCCCCCACCGCCUGCGGCGUCUACCGCCCCCAGCCCAUCGCUGACAGCUGCAACGAGCCCUGCGUCCGCCAGUGCCCUGACUCCACCACCAUCAUCCAACCCCCUCCCGUUGUCGUCACCUUGCCCGGCCCCAUCCUCAGCUCCUUCCCCCAGGAUUCCGUUGUGGGAUCCUCUGGAGCCCCCAUCCUUGGGGGCUAUGGGGGCUACGGCUACGGGGGCUACGGGGGCCUGUGGGGCUCCGGGGGCUACGGAGGCUCCUCCCUGGGCUAUGGGGGUCUGUGGGGCUAUGGGGGCUCUCUUGGUUACAGGGGUCUGUAUGGCUACAGUAGAGGCUACGCUUCUAGCAAUUGCAACCCUUUCUCCUACUGGUCCAACAGGUACCUCCGUGGGAGCUGUGGGCCCUGCUAA